UUCUAUUGAUAAAUAGCUUCUUUGCGUUGAACAAGGCGGUAUUUAUUCACUAAAAGUAGCUCAAUCGAUGUGAAGACUACAAAAGAUAUCUUGUGUAAUGGAAGAAGGUUGGCUUGCAAUCUUUCUAUGUACUCUUUUCGUGUUUUCUGCCGAAGGUGUGCCGUCGUUUACUACAAAGCCUCAAAAAACAUUCCAUGCCGUGCAAGGUGAAAAUAUUACCCUGGAAUGGAAGUAUACAUUUAGCAAAGGGGAGUCAUUCCGUCAGGCGUUAUUCGUAAUGGGUAACCUUCAGGUUGCGGACAAACACGCUGUCGAUAGCACACCCUGGAUAAGAAACGCGUACAGAGGUCGUUUAUACGUGAACAUAACAAACCAUUACACAUCAAUUACUCUCCUUCGAGUGAAGAGAGCAGACAAGGGAAGCUACGCGUUAGAAGUAAUUACUAACCCAGAUAGAGAUAGAAAUUCAAGUACAGUGGAGAUCUCAGUCCUGUAUUUAGAUUUACCAAAUAUUUCUUCAACGGAUACCAGACCAGUGGAGGGAUCUGACGUGACUUUGUCUUGUAAUGUUAGUGGGGAACCAAUGCCGACGAUAAGUUGGACAAUGAAUGGAUCUCCCUUGGAUACAAGUGAUAAUUCUAGGAUUUCUUUCAUGGAGGACAACAAGAACCUGAUCAUAGCGAACGUAAACAGAAGAGACAGCGGAGAAUACCAAUGUGUGGCAAAUAACAGUCUUGGAAAUGUUUCUUCCAAUACUAGUACACUGAGUGUCCAAUACCACCCAGCGGUCGCCCUUAAUCCCCUGAAUGCAGCAAAAGCGGAAGGAGAAAAUAUCACUUGGUCUUGUAACGCCUCAGGAAAUCCAGAGCCAACUAUAUCAUGGAUUUUCAACGCGUCUCUUACGAAGACGAAUAGCAAUCCUAGGAUUGUUUUUUCUAGAGACAGACAGAAAAUGACGAUAACAAUCCUUAGCAGGAAAGACAGCGGAGAAUACCAAUGUAUUGCGAUUAAUAACCUCGGAAAUGCUUCUUCUCAAGUCGCUUCACUAGAUGUGACGUACAUACCAGAGAUCACUGUUCACCCGAAAAAUGUAACUAAAAAAGAAGGAGAAAAUGCCACCUUAAAUUGUAACGCCAUGGGAAAUCCUGUACCAAAAAUAUCAUGGAAUAAGGGAGGAUCACCUCUUGGUAACACCUCCAGUAUUAGUUUGUCAGCGGAUAACAAGGACCUUACCAUAAAGAAUGUGAACAGAGUAGACAGCGGUGAAUACCGAUGUGUGGCCACCAACAGCCUUGGAAAUGAUACAUCCAAUCCUGCUUACCUAGGAGUGCAAUUUAAACCCGAGAUAGGCACUGUUCCACGACUGAUUCAGAGAACCGAAGGAGACGAGUUAUCUUUAUUUUGCAACGCCACGGGAAAUCCAGUACCUCUAAUAUCAUGGACUAAAAACGGGUUUUCUCUGGACACCAGUAACAAUUCCAGAAUAAAUUUUUCUAACAAAGGAAAGCAGCUCACAAUCAAGAAUUUGAGCAAAAGAGAUGGUGGAGUGUACCUAUGUGUUGCAGAAAACAGUCUUGGAAAUGCUACGUCCCAUGGUGCUACCCUAGAAGUGCAUUUUGAACCCGAAGUGUCAAUCGAUGGCAAUCAGAAGCAAUAUGUGGCCAAGGGCGGCAAUAUCCGGCUGAUAUGUUGGUAUGAAGCGUCGCCGCCAGUGUCUGAAGUGCAGUGGAGAAAAGAAGGAACUGUGAUUGUCAGGAACGCUUCGAAGCUGAUCAAUGGUUCCAGAGUGACAAUUCCAUCCUUUAAUGAAAGUCAAGUACAGUUAUCGAUCACAGAAGCUUCCUUAAGAGAUGAAGGAAAUUACACCUGUAACGCCAGUAACAUUUUUAGCAGCACACAGGACACGAUAAUGAUCAUAAUUGAAGAUAAACCUGAGAUCGCAGCUCAUCCUCACAACUUCACAACAGAGGAAGGUCAUGACGUGACUUUGUAUUGUAAUGCAACUGGAAAUCCAGCCCCGACCAUAUCAUGGACCAAAUAUGGAAAUCCAAUAAGUAACGGCUCCAGGAUCAUUUUGUCACCAAGCCACGAACAGUUGACGAUAACGAAUGUGAACAGAAUAGACAGUGGAAAAUACAAAUGUCAAGCGAAAAACAGAGUUGGAACGGAUACUUCUUUCGUUUCCACGGUUACUGUUUACUUUGCACCUGAAAUCUCCAUACCUCCAAGGAACGUCACAGUAGUAAAAGGAGAACAUGUGACUUUUACUUGUUCAGUGGCGGGGAACCCUACACCCAGUGUUAUUUGGACAAAGAAUGGAAAAGACCUGGAUGUAACAGCAAACAGUCCAUUAAAAUUGUCGUCUAGGAAACAUAAUCACAGUUUAGAAAUUGCAGAAGUUGACCUCUCAGACUCAGGGCAAUACAUAUGUGUGGCUAAUAGCAGCCAGGGUAAAUUAUCCUCAUCUGCAGCUACCCUCACAGUACAAUUGCCAAGCGAGGCUCCGUCUUUUGUUGUGACUGUUCUCAAUUCAACUGCUGUAAAUGUUUCCUGGCAGGAGUGUUCACUGCUGCAUUUGAUCUUGGCAUUGAAUGGCUCCUAG